GAUCCACCACAUUUUCACUACAGCAUCACAUGACGAUGUAUGCGAUUUUGAUUAUUACCUUCAUUUCCUUGUCGCUUGUAUUACAUUUAUCCAGUCGAUGGGAAACACCUCAGCCGUUUGUCGUUGUGUGGAAUGUGCCCUCUGAAGUUUGCUCGACAAAGUACAACAUAUAUCUAAAUCUUUCAAACUUCAGGAUUACGAGCAAUGACAAUGAUUCUUUCAGAGGGAAAGAAGUGGUUUUAUUUUACGAACCGCUUCCGGGCCUGUAUCCCAAAUAUCUACAAAAUGGAUCAGCGAUAAAUGGUGGGAUUCCACAAAAAGUUCCAUUCAAACAUCACUUACGGAAGGCGGCGGAAGACAUUGAACUUCUCGUUCAGUCCAGGAACUUUGUAGGAAAAGGGGUUAUUGAUUGGGAGAGCUGGCGACCAAUUUUUGAAAGAAAUACGUAUGAACCAGACAAGAUGAUUUACAUAAGAGAAUCCAAGAGACUAGCAAAAGCGCUGUAUCCCAUGUUGAAUUCGUCCAUGUUGGACACAAUAGCGAAACAAAUGUUCGAAGAGUCAGCGAGAGAAUUAAUGGAAAAUACGCUGGUAAAAGCCAAAGAGAUACGUCCAAAUGGGUUAUGGGGCUUUUAUGGAUUUCCAAGGUGUUUCAACUACAAAAUCGACGAAGAUUUCUGUCAGAAAGACACCACUCGUUACAAUGAUAAACUUAAAUGGUUAUUUAACGCCAGUACAGCCUUAUAUCCGUCCAUUUACUUGUCCUCCCGAUUCCCGUCAUUUACAAGUCGUCAAAAGAGAGUACAAGGGAUUCUUAACGAGACCCUCAGAGUUCAUUCUCAUUAUUCUGCGGCCAGUACCCCGAUGUUCGCCUACAGUACUUUCAGAUAUACGGACAACAACGUAUUUUAUGCAAUGGAAGAUCUCAUGAACACCAUAGGCCAGUCUUUUGAUGCUGGGAUGGAUGGAGUGUUGCUUUGGGACAGUAGUAAAAACUUUAUUUCUCAGACAAAUUGUGAAUAUCUUCUUGAAUACCUCGAAUCCUCAUUAGGACCUUUAGUAGAAGCAGUGACAAAUUUUGCAGAAAAGUGCAGUGUUAUGCUGUGCAAAGGCAAUGGGAAAUGUGUGCGUAAAUCGUGGAUAGAGAGAUCCGGAUUGCAGACUUUGAUUUUACUAAACACGUUUGAUUUUGAAAAUUACAAAUGCCGCUGUUUCAGGGGAUGGAAGGGCAUGCACUGCGACAAACCAGUCAGCAUGUUUCUAUAGAUCAUUUCCAGUCUGAAAAAUAGUGCGCUUUGAGCUUAAAAUAUUUAAAAGGGCCUGGAAUUGAUAAUGGGACAUUCCAAUUAUGUUAUGGUUAAAACGCAGUAAAUUAAAAACAAGAAGAAGCUGUUUAUGAUUUACGAUGCCUUUAUUCUGGCAGAUCAGAUCAAAUAAAACAGGUCUAUUA